AUGGUGACUGUAUGGGGACAUCCUGACCCGACAACCAGUAAACGUGCCGCAAAAUAUAUGAAUGGGAUCAAUUGGAAGAUGUGUGUUGAUAGCUGUUUUAAAGAUGCCACUUGCCUACUUGCAUACGGAAAUUCAUCUGAAUAUUGUGGAAUGUACACGUUUGGUGAUGUGUCGAAAGUGGAAAAUCUUGAGACUGUUGCUCUGGAUAAGAUUUACCUGGAAGCUGUGGACUAUGCCACUGUAAAACAGAGAUGUGUUUCAAUGGACGGUGCCUUUGAGGUCACCCUUUGGGUAAAGCUGUUGGUGGAACCUUUGAUUCAUACUAUUCAUUUUGGUAUCGAGUUGACAGAUAGCAAUACUUGGACCUGGACACUACCCGAGUUAAUGGUAGAUGAUUCUGGAUACGUUUGGGCAGAGAAUGAGCCUAAUCCUGAGAAGUAA